ACCACCAGAAAAACACCACUUCACAAUAUUCCUGCUGUCGGAGUCGCCCUCCUGCAGACCGCCGUGAAUGGAAGACUCGCGGGGGCAUCUCGAAGGCUUCCCCGCAGGAGGAGCCCGUUUCUCUAGAAAACAAGUAGCAACUCGUGUCGCCCGGGAGACAGCUCGGUCCUAAUCGCAGGGACGGGGGAAAUGGCGCUAUUUCUUUGUUUAUGUUGCCCUUAGCAGCCUUUGGGGGUGUUUGGCGGCGGCGGCGGCGGCGGCAGCAACAGCGGAAUAACUUCUUCGCCACAUCUGACACGCCUCUCUUGGGGACAAAAACUGGUUUCUUGGAGGUUCUGCUGAAGCCUUAGCUGCGGCUUCAAGAGCUUGGCCAAAGGCAGCAUGACGGAGCUGCACGAAGCGGCGGCUUUGGGUAAAUGCGACUUAGCGGAAGAAAUCCUCCAGAGGAAGCUCGCGGACCCAAAUUCCAGAGAUGCGGACUGGAGCGACCGGACGCCCCUCCACUGGGCGGCAGCAAAAGGCCACUCAAAGAUAGUAAAGCUGCUUGUGGAACAUGGUGCUCGCCUGGUUUUGCGAACUGAGGCAGGUUGGACUCCAGUUCAUUUUGCUGCAGAAUCAGGGCAACUGGGCGUGUUGCGAACACUGCACUCCUUGCACGCACCAAUGGAUGCCCCAGAUCUCUAUGGAGAUGUCCCAAGAAGAAUUGCAGAAAUCUAUGGGCACAAAGCCUGCGUCCGAUUCUUAGAAAUAGCUGAAAUAGAAUACAGAGCAUAUUGCCAAAUGGCAAAAUCAAAGGGAAUCCAACUGGAUGAGAAGGAUGAAGCUUGGGAGCUUAAGAAGGAAGAACUUUUGCAAAGUAAACCCUUCUCUCCAAAGAAACAUAUGAAACACAAGAUGCACGGAAAGGAUGGUGUGCAACUUCCUUCAAGAAAACAAUGAGAAGAAUGGAUACCUUACAGUGAAGAUAGCAAAGGCUGGGUUAUUGCAUGUUGGAAGUUACUUCAGAAGGACGAUAAGGUCUGCUCUGUGUUGACAUCAUAUAGCUUUAAUACUUAUGGCCUUAUAAACAAGGUGCUUGGAUAAGAAAUAAGGAGCUAUGAUAAUAGAUGAAGUUGAAUUCUAUUCCAAACAUUUGAAACCUACUGAAGUAUGUGUUGUGGUCCGUCAGCAGCCUACGGAGCUGGCAACAGAGUUAGACAGCGAUGAGGCUGAGGUGAGGCCAGGGCCAUCGGGAAGUGAGGUGUGGACUCCAGAGCCUCCAGAGACUGAUAGUAGUGAGGCAGAGGAACAGGAGGAGCCUGUUCCUAAUGCACGCAUGAGAAGAACUGCCAAAAGGCAAGAGCAGCUCAAGCAGAGAGGACAGCUCGGGAGUAGGGCCAAGAGAUGAUUGGCCCUACUCCCAUAAGGCUUAAAACAGACCAGUGUUUCAGCUUUGCCGGAAAACAACGUUGUAGCUGCAUCUUCUGCUCCGUCUUCUGCUUCGUGUACGUCUUUGUUUUUGUGGCUUCUGGACAUUUGCCAGGAAAGGCCUUUGGCAGUUUGCCUAACUGGACUAAGGUUUGUUAGAUAAUUGAGGAAUUUGUUUUGGGAAGGAUUUGUUUUACUUUGAGUUGAAUGACGCUGGGAAUGAAGUAAUUCCCAGCUGUUUGAAUAAAGUUUGUUUUUA